CAAAUUAGAUUUGAUUGGCCUUCGGGAAUUUAAUUCCCCAGGCAUCUACAUAGGCCGUGGAGGCCCUAUGGUAGAGGGUUCUUUGGUGGGGGUAGCGUUCUAAUUUACAAUGCGGUCUUAUAUAAAUCCCCCUUCCUGAAACAGAAUACGGUUGAACAAACCACCGACUGCCACCAAGCGGUAAGGUCAUUAUCGUCAGUAGAGUUGGCUGCAGCUUGAGGUAUUGCGGGUCUUGAAUAAUUCGAGACUCGUGGCAUUAACCCCUAAGAGCUAUUCCUAGGAGCAAAUAUCACCAGCGAAGGAAUUUCAAUAUGAGUGUUUGUGGACGAGCGUCAAAUUAUAGUAGUGUAAAUUAGGAGUCAAUCGGUUGAACGAUCUUAUGUUGGCACUGCUGAGGUACGAGUAUCUAUCAAAUUACGGCGGUUCUGAUUUUGCAAUAUUUUCGUGUCGGGGAAUUACUAAUUGAGCGAACCUCUCUCUUGAGCUUGCAAAGCUAGGCGACUAUGGGUCGAAGAUGGAAAUUGGCAGAAGUGAGUGAGCAUAAAACUCAAGAGAGUUGCUGGACGGUUUUACAUGGGAAGGUAUACGAUAUCACUUCAUUCGUCCCAAAACAUCCUGGAGGGAGAAGUAUUCUGCUAAAGAAUGCAGGGCAAGACGCUUCGGCGGCCUUCGACUCGGUCCACCCAGUUGAGAUUCUAGAUGAGUAUCUGACGCCAGACCAAGUAAUAGGAACAAUUGAAUCAGGCGACGCUCCCGAGGACAAGAUGGCACAGAAAUCCAAGCAUGAUUCGCACCUAGGAUUGAAGGACACUUCAUCAACUACGUUACCGCCUCUUGCGUCGAUGUUGAGUGUAUCUGAAAUUGAAUCGCACGCGAUGAAACGUCUAUCACCCAAAGCAAUAUCAUAUUAUGUCUCUGCUACUGACGACCAACUCACCUUAGAGGCGAAUGGUAAGAUAUACCGGUCUAUCCUCCUGCGACCGCGGGUCUUUGUAGACUGCACAGAGUGCUCGCUGGAGACAUCGAUAUUAGGCAAUGGGGUAGGCCUACCAAUCUAUGUCUCUCCAGCUGCCAUGGCUCGUCUGGCCCAUCCGAGUGGCGAAGCUGGAAUAGCCCGCGCAUGCUCAAAAUUCAACGCGCUUCAGAUCAUCAGUAAGAAUGCCUCGAUGUCACCGCCGGCAAUCGUGAGUGCCGGGCCUGACGCAGUCUUCGCGUGGCAACUAUAUGUGCUCAAGGACCUCGCAGCAACCGAGAGGACUCUAGCCCAAAUCCGCAAAAUCCCGCAGAUCAAGUUCAUCGUCCUAACGCUGGACGCACCGUUCCCCGGAAAACGCGAAGCAGAUGAGCGCUUCAAAAUGGCGGAGGUAGCUGGCGGGGCACCGCCGCAGGCUUGGGGGACAGAGUCGGCGUUAACAUGGAGAAAGACGUUGGAAUGGCUAGGCAGACAUACGAGCUUGCCGAUAGUCCUCAAAGGAGUUCAGACACAUGAGGAUGCAUACGCCGCAACGCUGUUCCCUGCUGUUAAAGCUAUCAUCAUUUCGAAUCAUGGAGGCAGGGCACUUGAUACUGCACCUCCGCCGAUCCAAGUCCUGUUGGAAAUUCGAAAGUUUUGCCCACAUGUUUUUAACUGUAUCGAUGUACUCGUUGACGGGGGUGUCAAGAGAGGUACAGAUGUUGUGAAGGCUCUGGCGUUAGGAGCGAAGGGUGUUGGGAUCGGCCGAGCGGCUCUGUACGGACUCUCAGUUGGUGGAGAAGAAGGCGUUGUGAGAGUGCUCAAGAUUUUGGCCGACGAGACCGAAACGGCGAUGAGGCUACUUGGUGUGAAGAAUGUAUCAGAACUUAGUCUGCGCCACAUUAAUACGAGUGCCUUAACAGCAAGGUUGUUCGAUGGGCCUUCAGGUCUCGAGGAUAUUGAAAGGAAACUCCAGUCUAAAUUGUGAAGAUGUUACUAGGACUAGUAAAUGGGUUAAUGAAUGCGCAUGCCAUCAAAUAAGGCAUGAAUUUAAUAAAAUAUUGAAGUCCCUUAAAUUGUCUUUGGAUACCUAUCUAGUAGGUCGAUGAAUCGCCUAAUUUAGUAUAGUAUAACAUAUUUGUUCGCUUUUAGAUAUCGCUUCA